AUGGGUAUGAAUAUCAGGGUACCUAAAUUCAUUAAAUUCAGGGAUGUCUCUAUUAAUGAGGAUGUGUGGAAGGCAAUAUGCAACAAAGUUAAGCUCUCAGUUUACCAAAAUUUCGUUCUUCGUGUUCUUUCAUUCACAUGUGACAUCAUAUGCUUCAAACUCAAUAACCGGAUUAAGUUAUUAAAUCCUAUUACAAGGCAGGUACGUGAAAUAAUCGCGCCAUUUGCAAGGUCGAAGUACAGAGGUGUAUGGAGCAUUGUUUUCGACUACAUAUCUAAAGUUCAGAGGUACUACAUGAUAUGUUUACAGGAAUGGGGAGAAGGCGAUAUGGUAGCCAUGACACUUUCUUGGCAAGCAGGUCGAAGUUAUGCUGAGGAUUAUUCACUUGGCAAUUGUGGCUGGAGACGUCUUGAUGUAGUGUGCCCACGAAAUGUCAUUCCAGAAGGAUUCUUUGUUGGAAAACUGGUGUACUGGCCAAUUUGUGCAUUUGGCAAAUAUGCGAAACUAGAACAUUCUCGAAGCGACCUUUUGGUUUCAUUUAAUACGGAUAGUGAAACAUUUGAAUUUAUUUCAUCUCCUGAUGAUCCACAUUGGAAUAACUGUGAUGAAUCGCCCAAGAUAAAUAUGAAAAUCUUGAAUCUUCAGGGUACACUUUGUCUCACCGAUGAAAACUUAGUUUUUGUUUCUCGAAAGUUCCAUUUGUGGGCAUUUAAGCUUUGUGAGCAUGGUGGCGACAUUUGGUCAAAAUUGUACGAGAAUACCAAACAUUGCUCUGGCCCCAUCGAGCACUUUGAGAAACUUUCGAUCGAGCUUUUCAUUGAUAUCAUGCUACGUUUUGAUUGCAAAACUGUUGGACAAGCUCGUCGCGUCAGACAAUCCUGGAGGACUUUACUCGAUGAGCAUCAAGUUGUGAUGCAUCAUAGGUUGCCUCAUGAUUUGGUCAAUGACAUUUUGAAACGACUAGAUGUCAGAACUAUGGGUAAAUGUCGUUGCGUCCACAGAGCAUGGAGGAGAUUGAUGAUAUCGGAGGAGUUUGUAACUUCUAUCCGUGUUCGCAACGAGAUUUACAAACGCGCCUCUGACAUUGUGCUUGUCCAUCGGCCAAUCACGGCAACAGCUAAUGAACCGGACUCUAUUUCUAUUCUCUAUUUCAAUUCCGAUAUACCUAUCGAUUUACAACUAUGUCCUUCAUUAGGCGUGUACGUUCAUUCGAUUCGUGUUCAGAAUAUUUUGCCAUAUACAUGUGACCUGAUGUGUUUUAUACUUGAUAGAGAGACAGGGAUAUUAAACCCAACAACAGGGCUUUUUGGGAUGCUCCCUGCCCCUUUUGAUGAAACACUAUUUGGUUGUUGUUGGUUUGCAACAUUCGGUUACAAUGCUGGUAUGUGUCAGUAUACAUUAGUGAUUUUAAUGAUUUCCAGAACAGGCGAAACGUCAUGUGAAAUUUUUUCGUGGGAGGCUGGACAAACACCUCGACUAAGUCUUUGGACUGAUUCAAUUGCUGCCUGUCCAAAAAGGUGUUGGAAUAAGGGCGUAUGUUGUGGUAAUUAUAUGUUUUGCCAGUUGUUCAAGAUAAUAAACUACCCAAGUGAUGAAUUUUGGGCCAUGUAUCCUCUAUGUGGAACUAUAAAUCCAGUGCUGUUGAAUUACAAAGGAAGCCUUUGUUUAAGUGAUGAGGACGACAUUGAAAGAUCAGGCUUAUUUGUCAUGUGGAAGUUAGGAAUACGUGAUGCAGAGAGCGAUUUGGAUGUUAAAUAUGAAUGGAAUAAGAUAUAUAGUGUUCGUGUUGAGUUCAAUGUCGUGAGGUCACAUCGGCCAUAUCCACGUCGCCAUGACACAUUUUAUCUCCGCCGUCUCAUUUUGAAUUGUUAUUCUUCUGAUGAUGGUAAGUUCAUAUUGGCUGGACCUCUUCAGAAUCAAUACUACAACUACAAGCCAGAUUCAAAUUCGUAUGUGCUGCAUACGAAACCUCAUGAUUUGUUAGGAAAAUAUGAAUUAGCAAUCAGAUUUCAUUGUCAUAGUUUGUCUCCUGUAUGA